AUGCAGGCUGAAGGGAAUUGUAAUGCCUUAUGGCCACGAGGGCAAGAUGGUGACCCUACCAUCUGGUCGUUCGAUUCUUAUUAUCACUGUGUGGGAUGCAACAGCCCUUCUUUGGACGUACAGCAUAAGUCGACCUCCAAAAGUGAAAUGCAAUUACAAGGCAAAUCCUCCAAUGAAGAAAUUCGAAAACCAGGUCGCAUAUCUGAAGAAAAUGCAGUUGGUCCUUGUGGGAAAAUUACUGGAAAUGGGGAAUUGGAAGGAGGAAACUCCUCCAACCACGGUAAAUCUCACAUUCUCCACUCGGAAGGGGAGCGUCAGGAAUUACUUUGUCGGGGUAUCAAUUCGUGGAAAGACCGGAAAAACGAAAGCAGAGAACAGAGAGAUAUACAACAUGAUCGAACAAGCAGGAAAAGAGAGAGUAAAAAUGAUGAAAACAAUAGUCGGUACCCUGGAGGGUACUUCAUGGAAAGAAGACUACCCGAAAACACCGUAUUCGACUUAUCUGGCAAUAAUCUGACUUUGGAAGUCGAAAUGAUCGAGAAUGAACCAGACCGUUGUCGUAUUGCAAAAUCUCUUGAUAUAGAAAUACAAAGCGCUGAUCUUCAAAAAGAUAAUAUUUAUCAGAAACCAGUGCCAUGGGGCGUCUCAUUAGACGGAACUGUGUGGGAGCUAUCUGAUUUGGAUUCGCCAGAAGAAUGCAAUUCUCACCCCGUAAGUGACAAGAAAAGAAACCGGGACAAAGUAGAGGCAUGA